AUGAGUCAAGAAGAGCUAGACAGAGUGUCGGAUAUGUUGGUAGGUCCGCUACCGUUUAAAAACCCCAACUGGCACCGGAAAAAGAAGUAUAAGCCGGCUAGACAGUUAAUCAAUGAUGAACAGAAGCGCAUCAACUCGAAAGAGAACAGAACGUUUGAUGAGGUUAACUACUUUACAGUCCAGGCACCUCCUUCUUUGAAGCCACGAAAGACGUAUUGCGACAUAACGGGGCUCCCUACCAGCUACCGUGCUCCUCAUAGCCAGAUAAGAUUCUACAACAUGGAGGUUUACGAGGUGGUGAAAAAUAUGGCCUCUGGUGUAGAUCAACAGUACCUUGGGUUGAGAGGAGCAAAUGUCGUUCUGCGGUGA